UCCUCGGAAGAAGCCGGGGCUCUAGGAGGCGGAGGCGACGCCUGGAAUCCAAUGAGAAGGGAGCGGAUGUAGAGGAGGGGCUGGCCAAAAGCCCUUAAAAUGAGAUCCAGCUGUAAACGCGACUCUAGUCGCCUACCUCCAGUUCGUCCUUUGGGUUUGCGGUUGUACUCUGGUGUCCUGCAGGUCCGGCGGCAGCAUGGACGCUCCCAGACGAUUUCCGACGCUCGUGCAACUGAUGCAGCCAAAAGUAACGUCGUUCGAGGUGCUCGGUCAGCUCCCCAAGCAGUUCUGGUUCCACUCUGAGUUUCUGAAGAAUCCGAAGGUAGUUCACCUUGAGGUUUGGCUGGUGGAAAAGAUCUUCGGCAGGGGCGGAGAGCGCAUCCCGCAAGUUCAGGGUCUGUCCCAAAUCCUGAUUCACGUGAAUCACUUGGACCCCAGCGGCGAGGCUGAGAUCUUGAUAUUUGGGAGGCCUUCUUACCAGGAGGACACAAUCAAGAUGAUCAUGAACUUGGCUGACUAUCACCGCCAGCUCCGGGCGAAAGGCUCAGGAGAGGCCCUCGCCCAGGAUGUAGCCAGUCAGAAGGCCGAAACCCAGCGAUCUUCAAUAGAAGUCCGGGAAGCCGGGACCCAGCGUUCGGUAGAGGUCCGGGAGGCCGGGACCCAGCUUUCGGUGGAGGUCCGGGAGGUCGGGACCCAGCAGUCCCUCAAGGCUGCCAAUGAGUCAAGGACCCAGUGAUCUCCCGAAGCUGCCAGCAAGACACCGACCCAGCGGUUUUACGUGGAUGCCCGGGACCCAGUUACUAGAUUAUAAAGGCAUUUCAGGCCCUGGAACCAGAGCCAGUCAGGGGUUAAGCCCCAGAUACACUUAAGCCCCAGAAGGUGGGGUUGGGAGUGGGAGAAUGAUGAUGUGAAUUGUUUUUCUUUUACCCCUUCUGUUGAAUGGUUGCAAACACAAACUUGAAUUCUAAUAAAGAAUUG